UGAUAAGAUUUCACUGAUUGGGGUAUGAGGAAUGAGAGACAGUGUUACCAUAAGGAGGACUAUAAUACAGCAAGCUUGAGUAUCAGGCAGAAUUUUCAAACCACUCACAUUGGAGCUGGUUGUUGUCAGGGAAGGUAAAAGAGGUUGUUGUUGAUCGUGCUGAUUUUGAGCUGAUGAUGGGACAUAUGAAUUUGUAUAACCAGACAUAUGGCUGGUUAUACAAAUUGGAAAGGUGAGUUUACUGUAUCAUAAUAAUAUUAGACUGAAUUGGCUUAAAGGUCUCUGAAGACUGAAAUUAUAAGUUUGGAUAAAAAUCUCUUGAGUCUUGAAGAAUAUGCACAGUGAAGGAAUGUAGGGAAGGAUAGGAGUUGAAAAAGGAGUAAGCCGCUAAAAAGGGGGACAGAUAGGGACUUGUGUUAAUGAUUCUUGUUUUGGAGACUCAUUUUCAUCUCUUCCAUUUUAGCUCUACUUAUCUCAGGCUUGGUGUAGAAGAUACAAAGAUGCACUAAAAUUUCUCCCUUAAUCACUUCCAAGCAGAAACGUGGCUGAUGCACAUGGAAACUGUCUCCAUAGGAAACCGAACUAUUACUGAAUUUGUCCUUCUUGGUUUCUAUGACAUAGCCGACUUACAUCUCCUCUUCUUUACUGUGUUCACUCUUGUCUACACCUCCAUCAUCAUAGGGAACAUGCUAAUCAUUGUGGCAGUGGUUAGGUCUCAGAAGCUCCACACACCCAUGUAUUUCUUCCUGGCUAAUCUGUCCUUCCUAGAGAUCCUCUAUACAUCCACAGUGGUGCCAAAAAUGCUGGAGGGCUUCUUGCAGGAGGCCGCCAUCUCUGUGGCUGCUUGCUUGCUCCAGUUCUUUAUUUUUGGUUCUCUAGCCACAGCUGAAUGCUUCCUGCUGGCUGUCAUGGCAUAUGAUCGCUACCUGGCAAUCUGCUACCCUCUCCGCUACCCGCUCCUGAUGGGGCCCAGAUGGUGCCUGGGGUUGGUGCUCAUAGCCUGGCUCUCUGGCUUCAUGGUAGAUGGAUUGGUUGUGGCCCUGAUGGCCCAGCUGAGGUUCUGUGGCCCCAACCACAUUGACCACUUUUACUGUGACUUCAUGUCUUUGAUGAGCCUGGCCUGCUCAGAUCCCAGCAUAGCCCGUAUGACAACAUUCAUUCUCUCUGUGGUCUGCCUCACUGUUCCCUUUGGACUGAUUCUGACAUCUUAUGCCUGGAUUGUGGUGGCCGUGCUGAGAGUUCCUGGGGCCAGAAGGUGGAAGGCCUUCUCCACGUGCUCCUCCCACCUAGCUGUAGUGUCCACGUUCUAUGGCACUCUCAUGGUCUUGUACAUUGCACCCUCCGCUGUCCACUCCCAGCUCCUCUCCAAGGUCUUUGCCCUGCUCUACACUGUGGUCACCCCGCUCUUCAAUCCUGUGAUUUACACUCUGAGGAAUAGGGAAGUUCAUCAGGCACUCCGGAGGCUUAAGCAAACUGAAACAAUUGAAGGAUGGUGGUAA